AUGAGGCCAACACAUCCUCUUCAUCCACCUCUACCUUCUGAAAAGCCCCAUACGAGUAACACGACUGCAAUCGACCCAACAACCGAUAGAAUCCCCACCAACAAAAAAUUGAUUUUUUUACGAGCAUGUUUAGCCGUCGAGCAAGGAUGGAGCUCCUUGAGACUAAAACUACACAAACCGGGAUUUUCCAUUAGGCCCGACACAAACAACUGGACAUCGAACUCGAUUAACUUGACUUUGGCAAGCUCGUUCGGAAUUUCCCCAGACAGCUUAUUGUUCGAAAGGUUCAAGUAUGUCAGCUUAGGCAAUUUCCCGAUCUCGGGCGGUAUGAGGCCGGAAAAUCCAUUUUCCGACAAAUCAAUCAACGUUAGUUGCGCCAGAUCACCAAUAGUUGACGGGAUUUCACCACUAAAGUUAUUCCCCUGCAGCCGAAUCUCUGUUAAUUUCGAUAACUUAUUUAUACACGAAGGCAGCACUCCCGAAAACUCAUUCCCGCUCGUCACCAAUCUUCCCAGGCUCUGCAACUCACAUAUUUCCUCCGGCAGCUCGCCGGAGAAACUGUUGCCGGAGAUCAACAUCUGCUGGAGGCUCUUCGCUGACGAGACCGACUGCGGAAUUUGUCCUUGGAGCUUGUUGUUUGAAAGUUCGAUAUACUCGAGCAAGCCCAAUCCCCACAGCUUGUCCGGCACAGUCCCCGACAACUGGUUGUUCUCGAUACGCAACCGAACCAAGCUCGUGCACUCUCCAUAA